AUGCCACUCCACCUUCCUAAGGGUUUGCCUGAGGAAGUGUCACUUCUCAAUUUAUCCUCUCCGUCCUUGAAUCGCUCUCCAGACAUGAAGAAAUUAGACAUUGCUGCCAUUUGCCAAUGUCCUUUCUUUCACUAUGAAGUUCACCAAGAAAUUCUAAUUACUGGAGGACAAGGAGAAGAUUCCAUGGAACUUGAUUUAAAAACACAAGGACCCAAAGGAACUAACCUGGACUCUAACCACGUAGCAGUUGUGGCGAACCUGUGGCACGUGUGCUACAGCAGGCGCUUUCUUACCAUCAAAAGUUCUAAAAGUGGCCGACUGAUCAGGAGCUGUGCCCAGGCCUCCAAAGCUGAGCUGUUCUGCGUAGCACCCGGCACCUGCUCACCGUGCACGCAAGCUGUGGAUGGGAAGGAGGUCUGCAGCCAGCCUGAGCGCGCCCUGUGUGGGCAGUGCGUGUGCUCCUGCUGGUGCUGCGGCGCCAUGGCCUGUGCCCUGCGUGGCGUUGUGGACUGUAGCAAUGUGUGCGAGAAGGCCCUGUGUAACAGCUGCGCCAUGUUCAAAACCCGAGGCCACGUGUCUCUGCCUGGUUCCCUGGACCUGUUGACAUGGAGCCUUGGAAGCUGUGGCCCAGCCUCAGCUGCGCUUUGCUGGUUUGGCAUCCCUCAAACGCAAGCUGCCCAUGCAUGUGAUACACCAACAGAUGUCUGA